AUGCGGUUCCUAAUCUUUCACAUUGUGUGCUGUGCGAUGCAGCGGAUGUCGAAACGACCGGUCCUAGGCUCCACCGAAUGCGCGUUUCCGGGCCUCGGCGCACCGGCGAUCCCCCUGAGUUUCCUCUCACCCCCUCACCCCCUCCUCCCCUCCUCCCCUCCUCCUCCCGCGACUUCCGCAAUGAAGAAUUAUUCAACUCGUGCAACCAUUAGCUCUCAGCACAUAAAUCGACGCUCGCUUCCGCGAGGGCUCAGUCGCACUCUCCGACCGCCGCCGCUCGUCGCUCAUUGCGUACCUCCCUUCUCACUCGCAACUUUUCAAUCGCACCUUCGAGGUCCCACCCGAUCCCACCUCGUCGCGACCCGACGCUAUUCCCGCGGUUCAACUCGGGCCAUCGCGGAACUUGGAACCUCCGCGGAACCUUCGCAUUACCCCGGUCCGUCCGCUGUCGCCAUGACGCCCAACGCCGGCCGCGUGUCUCGCGUCGGCCUCGCCGCACUCGUCGCGGGUGUCGUUGCCAUCAGCUUCCUCGCGACCCUCGCCAGCGCUCAAGUGGCCAAGUGUGACAGGGAUUGCGGCGACUCUGCUGAUUGCUAUUUCCGUGAUGAUGGCACCCUUGGCUGCGCGUGCGUCAAUGAGGAAUUUGACUUCUACGAACCAGACAAGACGUGCUUUGGCCCCAAGCUGCAGACGACGGUGCAGCUGCUUUGGCCGAAGGCCAAGGCCAGGACGGAGCUCACCUUCCCCAUCUCCAUGCCGGCAGAGCAGCUCACCAGCAGCAUCACGUGCAUCAACGUGAGCUCCACCGCUGCAGGCAGCGCCAAGGUGACGGUGGUGUGGGAUGAUGCGAGCGUGGAAGCGGCCGGCAUGGGCAUGUGCAGGAGCCUCACGGGCUACUCUGGCCCGGACUGCUCGGGCCAUCCGGGCUUGGCCAUCGAUCGCCCGGCAAAUAAAGGGCGGUCCUACCCCGUCACGAAAAGGGCUGUCAGAGCAUCCGAGUCACCGCGAUCAAUUGGCUGCGAGAUCACCACGUGCCACAAGGAGUGUGGAGCUGCUGAGUGCGUUGUGAAUUGGGGUCAGUCGCAGUGCCAGUGCCCCGAGGGCCUCGUGUUCAACGCAGCCAAGAAGCUCUGCCUCGUUCCUCCCCCUCCCAAAUGCAAGCCUGCAUGCACUUCUAAUGCCCAGUGCACGUGGGUGGGAGGAAAGUCGGUGUGUCAGUGCAAGCAGGGCUUUCAAAUGGUGAAGAACAAAUCCACAC